AGAAAGUUAAUAUAUUAAUAUUAUACCGCUCUGUGUUUACCAAUUUGCAACUGUGUCGGGUCUUGUUCCUGACGUUCGCAGUAUACUUUCGUUUUAAAAUCAUUUUAACAAAGAGCGAAAACAUGUUUAAAAGUCUUGUCUAUUUAGCCGUUGUUUCGGUGAUUUUUCAAGCGAUUUUUGCCCACGAAAAUGGCUUGGAAACCGGCACAAAACAUUCAAAAGAGAAGUUGUCAGUCGCUGUUAAAAUUAUCGAGGAAGAAGAGUCGAAAAAUGGCCCUCGCAAAACCGAAGUUAUGGUAUGUAUUCUGUGUAAAAUUUAACAGAAAUUUAGCAGAAAUGAUCAGGGUUUUAUAAGGUUGAAAAGGCAGUAACGUUUUGAAGAUGUAAGCUUCUUUAUGGCAGCAUAAAAGUACCAUAAUUAUUAAUAUAUUUUACGACGCAAUUGACUAAAAUGACGUCAAUGCCUUAUAGCUUUGUUAAAAGGUUUUGAGUGCCAUUUGUUUAAAUUAAAGCCCUUCUACGGUAUCUUUCUGAGAAAACAGUCUCUUGAAUCAUUGAGUACUUCUUCAGAGGGUUAUAUUGUUUUAUAUUGGUAGUCGAAAGCUAGAAUAUUUCAUUUUCACAUAUAUAGAAAUUUUAGUGAAAAGCUUUAUCAUAAUUAUAUUGUACAUUAAAACCCCUGUCAAGCGUCAAACGAGGAAGUCACGCACUAUUAGACAUUUCAAGCUCUAGAUGAACAAAAUAAAGAUCUGAUGAGUGUUCCAAUUAUGUUUUAAUUUAAAUAGAAUACAUGAUAGUGUUGGGAAAGCAUUAAGAAACGCUAAUAUGCCCUCUCAUCCUCGUUUGAUCUCGCCUUGAGCUAAUUACAUAAGCAUGUUUAAUUUUUCCUCCCCCAGAAAAUUCCAUGACUGUGCAUAUUAUUUUGAAUACUCCCUUGGAGACAGGCUCCAUUCCAACAGAUUUAAACAACAACUCAGCCUUUCUGCCGACCCCGAAAACAUUGGUUGGACCUCAACCAAUUGACAACUUUUCUGACCGAAUGCGAGAAAUAGCAAUCUGCAUUCUGGAAGAAAUAUAACCAAAGACUGACUGUCACCUCACAAGGAAUACAGUAUGUCACUUUAGCGGUAGAGCAUUAUUUUCGUGAUUAAGAGCAUUGGUUUAACUAAUUUCACAUACAUAAAUACGGUGCUCCAUAGCCAAAUGUCAUACUUUCCCGAAUGGUGUAUUGUCACGUUUGAGAGUUAAAAAGUGUAUAUAUAUUGUCACUUGGACUAUAUCCAUGUACUCUAAUAUUCGGUUUCAAUCAAGAGAAGUAUCGAAACAAAUCUUUCUAGUUCACCUUUGGCGUAAAGUAAUAUUAUCUAUUUUGAUGCUUUACUCAAAGGAUGUUAGGAGUCAAAAUGAAUUUAAAAUAAAUGUCCAGAUUUCACUUUGGUUUCUGACAAUCUUUUAAAGUUAUUUCAUGCUCUGUUUUCUUAUGUUUCCAUGGCUAUAUCCUGACCAUUUACUUUGUGAAAAGAACACUCUUUGACAAUAUGAACCCAUUAAGUUGCAUUAUGCCAUGAUGCAUCCUACAUUAUUACUUUAUUCAGUCUAAUGUCAGAUGAUUUUACUCUUCAAGUGGAGAGUGCUGUUGCUCAUUGCGUUAAAAUAGGUUAACUAGAAUAUCUGCUCACAUUUUUUGGUAGUUGAAUGUUCCAUACUUUCUUACUUUGCUCGACUAUUUAAUGCUACUGUACACAAUUAAUUGUCUGUUACGGGAAUUGUUUGGUAAACAAUUGCCCAUCAAUGUCACUUCCUACUCUCGAUUUCAAUUUACUUUUGAAAUCUGACUUGCAAUGUUUAUUUGUAAGUUCGGAAUGUUUCUAUGCAAAGUUCCGAAAUUUGUUUUGAAGUUUGUUGUGAUGAUUUCCAAUGAUCAAGUUGUAAUUCAGGCUAGUUAAAUGAACCAGCCAAUCAAUUUGCCUUCUAUUGAGUCAUCGUAAGCAUCGUAAACCUUGCAACGAACAUUCCGAAGUUACAAACAAACAUUCAGUGUCAGAUUUCCAAAGCAAAUUGAAAUGGAGAGUAAAAUAUUUAAAUACAGUAGGUUGAAAUGCACCACACUCUGUUAUUUUACUUUGUCUAAUGUGUUGCAAGAUAAUGGGUUAUUUAACCCAUUGAGCAGCAGUGUUCAGAAUAAAGUAAUAAAGUAUGGCCAGUAAAUGGGAUAUACAUGUUUUAGAACUAAUCCAGAGCAAUUGUGAAAAACAUGACUAUAGUUCCUCUGAAAGAAAUUGAACCUGUGGCUUUGCGAUUGUAGAGGAGUGCUCUGACCACUGAGUUACAGAAUCUAGUUGCUGAGGAUUGACCACAAGUUUUAUGUGUUUAUGUUUUGAGAUGUGUCCAGAAUGUGACGCGACAUCUAAAUUUUGGCAUUUACUUUCCAGGUGAACUUGAAUGUGACAAUUGAAGAAGACGAUGUGAAAGUGAACGGAAAGUUGACGCAGCUCAAUGUUCUUGUUAUGUAUGAACUCCAAGCUGAGAUUGGUAAGUACAGUACAGUAUUGGGGCUUUGGGCGACUGCAAUUUUCAGAGCAAGCGUCUUCUACCUAUGAGAUUCUUGCUGUUGACAUUGUUACACUUAUCUAAAAAGAGUCUGUCAACGUUCUACCGAAAGUUGUGUAUUUUCUCUGGGCACUCUGGUUUCUCCCACAGGGAAUGUUUACAGGGUGGGUUGGGAUUAACCCCAUAACUGCCCCUUCCACCGUCUGCGUUACGUGAUCAGACAUGAGUCGUAAGGUGGCUACCAGAGGUGCCCUUAGACAGCCUUCAACUCGAUCAGGUUGACCCUAAAUCUUUUUGCCCACCAAACAUGACUGACAUAAGUUGCAUUUUCGCUUCUCAGUGUACUCGGCAAAAGAUAUCCGUAUCUCGCCAGUCGUUGUUCAUGUGAUGAUCUCAAGAAAACAAUUGGAAAACGGACACGAAUACUUGAUCGAGGAACAAGUGCAGUUGAUUGAAGGAAAGCGAGUUGAACAACUCGAUGUUAAGGUAUUAUGACAGUGGCAACUCUGGGUGUGAUUGUUUGCAUUCUUCGCCAAUAUUACAGACUGAUAGUGCAUUGCGGAACUCUUGCUAUCUGCAACUCUGACCUUUCCAAACCCAAGUAUUCAAAGCCGUAUGGUAAUUAUUCGGUAAUAGCGCCCACGGCAAAUGUCAAAUUCUAUUUUGAAGUCAACUGUUAGCUGCAUGAAGUUAGGCCAAUUUAGCCGUAAAAUGGUAAAUGCACUAUCAAAGUUUCUGUGAUCACAGUAGGAAUUUUGCAUAGGUAAGCUCUAAGUUUUAAAGGAUUUGUAAGAAAUGUUUGACUUAGUGUUAAACAGUGUUAGACUAACAAAUGUUCGAGUCGAUUGAAGUGUUUGCAUGUGCAUUUUUUGUUGUUCCCCAUGACUCAAUGAAUACCUUUCAGAAACCUGUGCCUUAUUUAAAAAUUAAAAGACUACAGUAAGUACACAUUAAGUCUUGAGUUUGUAUCAGCUAAAGACCAAAUUUCCCGCUCGCAGGUGCUGACAAUUCACAUGAAUGUGGAUGGCAAAGAAUAUAAACGCACAGUUGCGGUGAUUUCGUAUGAAGAAUCCAAAAUCAAGAAGACUGAGUUGACACAUUACUGUGGACCAGGUAUAUACUAGCUGUAACUACAAUUGAGGGAAUACAUGUAGUUAAUCAUCUGUAUAUUGCUGGCACAGUGAGUCAUUAGUGACUGUGCCUUUCAUCUCAAUCUGUGGGCAGCAUUUGAAUCUUGUAAGAAGAGCGCUUCCCGUCUGAUUAUAUGAAACACCACAGCUUUUAUCAAUAAAGUUAGUUUAGUUUAGGUUUCCACCUGUAGUAACACUGGAUCAAUAAGAGAUGAUCCCUACUGGAUCUCUAGGAAGAACAGUUUAGAACUGAUAGAGCUAUCCAGUAUAAAUAAAGUUAGUUUAGUUUAGAUUUCCUCCUGUAGUAACACUGGAUCAAUAAGAGAUGAUCCUUACUGGACCUCUAGGAAGAACAGUUUAGAACUGAUAGAGCUAUCCAGUAUAAAUAAAGUUAGUUUAGUUUAGGUUUCCUCCUGUAGUAACACUGGAUCAAUAAAAGAUGAUCCUUACUGGGCCUCUAGGAAGAACAAUUUAGAACUGAUAGAGCUAUCCAGUAUAAGUAAAGUUAGUUAUGCUCACACAUGUGCACAUGUUUAAUCUUUCAGAUGAUGUGAAACCUCGUAAGUGGAAGAAACCAUUUUUGCCACACGAGGGCUAUGGUCACGGACAUGGUCAUCAUGUAAGUUGGGAAUUCUUCAUUAUCCAUGAUCAUCCAUCAUCAUUCAUUAUUAUCGUUUCUCAUCAUCCAUGUUCAUCCAUAAUUUUUAAUAAUCCAUGAUCAUUCAUCAUCAUCCGUGAUCAUCGAUGAUGAUUUGACUUUUUUUAAAUUUUCUGCCAGGGUCACCAUCACGGCAAAAGCUUUUGCUCGCGAUUCCACAAACUGCCUUUCGGAGCCCGAGUUGCUAUCUUGGUCGGUGUGGUGUUUGUCGUGUUAGCCUCUGUGGUAUGUUGUGCCAUGUGUUGUUGUCGCAAGAGCAAGAAAGCUUACGAAAUAAGCAAAGGUGACGAGUUCAAGGCUGAAUUUGAGAUGGAGGACGAAGAGGCUGAGGCCUUGCCAGAGAAAUUGGCAUUUGAUGACAAGGAAGUCCUGAUUGCUUGAUUUGGACAUCUUGCCAUUGUCAUUUCGCUUGAUUCUAAUGUAUAAGCCUUAGUAUUUGUUGUAGUCUUAAUAUUAAAUAUUAAAACCAAUCUUACUUUAUACUGUAAUAAUAUGUAAUUGCACUUGAUUGCCAAGCCUACAAUAUAUAUUUGUUGUGGUGCUAAACAUGUAAUAUCUUUUAAUUGUAUUUGAUUGUUUAUAGUGUAAUAUUAAUAUACUCUCAUUACAUAACUGUUUUCAAA